AUGAACCACUACGAUUGCCAGACAUCUGCCGAACAUCCAGACUCUCAAACUUGCUCAAGAUUCUCACCCUCACAGGGAUGGCACAUCGCAGACUCACCAGAUUGGUGUAGGUUGGCUUCGCUUUAUCGCCAGACACCUAUUGCCACCAUCUCUAGUCUCUUCAGCAUCCCUGGUGUGGAAGAUGGAGACUUCUUUAUUCGCGAAUGCUACGAGGAUCUAUUCCAGUUCCUAUGCAGGAGCUUUUCGAAUGACAAGUCCGUGUUGAUCACAGGUCAGCGGGGCAUCGGUAAAACGGUUGCUCUGUUUUAUGUAUUCUUACGCUUCCUUUCUGAAAGACCCAGACAAGACAUAGCCUUUGUCGAUAGGGAAAAGGUUUAUCUCUUCGUUGACCAGGAGGUUUACGAAUGCGAUAUCACAGACGUCCCGUAUCUCCCAGAACGCCUCGAUGACCGUCACCCCCUUAUGGUUUUCGUCAGAAUGGAUAACUCAUCGGGUCAUCUCCCUGCAAUACUUUGA